AACACUUUUAGAAGACAUGCUCGGAUGUACCUGGAACCAACCAUUAUCCAUAAAUGGGGGAAGGACCAGGAGACACUUCUGCAGCGUCUGAGCCAACAUGACAAGGCCAUAAUUGGAGGUGAUAUGAGGGCGGACUCACCAGGACACUCUGCAAAGUACGGAAGCUACAGUGUGAUGAACCUUCGGGAAAAAACGAUAAUUGAUAUUCAAUUGGUGCAGAGUAACGAAGUUGGUGGUAGCUACCAUAUGGAACUGGAGGGCCUGAAAAGGAGCCUUGCGAUGCUGGCAGCACGUGGUAUCGAGUUGGACUACAUUGUCACCGACCGUCACCCACAAAUACAAAAAUAUCUCAAAGACAACAAUAUCAAACAGUUUUAUGAUAUCUGGCAUCUGGAAAAAGGCUUGUCAAAGAAACUGGACAAGAUUGCAAAAGAGAAAGACUGUCAAGAGGUGAGAAAAUGGCAGCGUAGUAUUAUCAAGAACCACGUAUACUGGACUGCAACAUCAUCCACCUCUGGACAAGAGAAAGUGGCAAAGUGGAAGUCACUCGUCAACCACCUGCAAGACAUCCACACUCACGAAGACCCCCUCUUUCCAAAAUGGGAACAUCCAGAAAAAAGCAGCACAGACCCGAGCAAGUGGUUGCAGCCAGCUUCUAAACCACUUUACAAAUUGGAUAAAACAUUAAUGAACAAAAGGGUCCUGAAGGAUGUCGAGAAGUUGAGUCCCCAUCAUCAGACUUCUUCCUUGGAGGCAUUUCACAGUGUAAUCUUAUGUUUUGCCCCAAAGAACGUUGUCUUUCCUUACCUUGGAAUGCUGUGCAGGUUAUACUUGGCGGCCAUGCACUUCAAUGAGAAUGCUCACCGCACACAAGCAGUCUCAGCUUCUGGAAAGCCUAUUUACAAAAUCAAGUUCCCAAAAUCUAAGAAGGGGGUAUGCACUGCAAAGCCAGUAAAAACAGGGCAAACAUACAACUAUGUACAGGAGCUGAUGGAAGUCCUUUUUGAGAAUGUCUUUGACGACCCUAGACCAUACAUCAUGGAGGUAGAGAAGAUCAAAAUACCAGAACCACUUUCCUCUCAGUAUGAAAGACCUCCCAAGGAUGAAGUCAUCGCUGGCUACAUGUCACGCUUCAGUCGAGAGGUGGUCUAAACCCUACGUAGCUGCCUGUAGUUUCAGGGAACUCACGCCGUAUUCGCAGGACAACACAUGAGGGAAUGACAACCCUAACUCUCCGGCCCAAAAAGCCCCAGCACCAGCUGACAAAGCUCCUGUAUGCCAGAUACCUGUAACACCUGUUGGUGGAGGGGGAAUGAACAUUUAGUGUGCAUUACAGAGAAAAAAAUCCCUAUUAUCAAUGUAUA